GUCUACUGGUUUUGUGGCCGCUGCGGUUCCCAUCGCGGCGCCCAAUCCGUGCGAUCCGAAGACCGGCCCCCUUUGGAGUUUUGACUGUUCUUUUCCCCGCUUUUUCGUGUCAUGUUCCGAUUCUGCCGGCAAUCCGAUGGACGUGCGAUGGGACAAUGUUUAGGCAGGUCGGGGGCACCCUUUCAGACGGACGGGCUGAGCCUGCGGCUGGCCUUCAUAACGACCUUGGACAUGCAGCCACACGUCAAGCCGUUCCCCUCAAGCAAAGGCGGAGGCUGCCGCAGCAGCGGCUGCAGCGGCUGCUGAGCACAGCAGGCGUACGGGCUGCCAAGCGCAAAAGCACACCUCAACCGUGGACGUAGUGGCUCGGCUAGUGGCGGCGUCAGUGGUCGAGGCGGAGGGUGGGGCACACGCAGCGGCCAGCAGCAGCGCUGGCGCUGAGCGUACGGCGCAGGCAGGUGGAGCGGCCAGUGCCAUUUUGGGCGGCGGCGGCUGUGGAUUGCAGUCCGGAGCCCAUCAUGGUCGGGGAUGACAGAUAGAAUUGGCCGCGCCAAGCCCGUGGUGGCAGUCAUCAGUAAGCACGGCAUCAAGCGGCCUGACACGUCGACUUUCCUUCGUGAGGCCUAAUACCGAGAUAUGGGACUGGCGCAGAGCAGGAAGUGGAGCGAGGGGCCCGCCGGCCAGCCAGCUGUGCGCGCCGCCCUGGACGCGCUGUCGGCAGCUGAGCCCGUGGAGCGGCCCUCAGUGAUUGCCCCGGGCAGCGUGGGCUUCAGCCCCAACAGCCGCGGGGGAGCUGUUGGCGCCGACCACAGUACUGCGGGCUGCGCUCGUCUGCGCCGUACGUCAAGCUGGCGCGCGCAAGUGGGCGAUAGGCACGUGGGGCUGCACGACAUGUGGGAGCACAGCACGUGGGUGUGCCGCUGCAUGCGCAUGGGGGGAGCGGUGAUGGAGGCGGCCCUGGUGCACACGUCAAGCGGUGCGCAGGCGUGGACGGCAGCUCCGGGCUGUGGCCCGGUUGCUGCCGGUCCGCAGUGGGCGCAUCCGCUCGUGCAAGCAAGAAGUGCGGCCAGGCAGGAGGCAGGGCGGAGCACAAGGGCGACCGGGACGUACGUGCAAGCGGCGCGCGACAUGCUGUGGGUGAUGCAGCACCAAUACUAAGGCGCACCCCGGCCGUAUUACUUCAGCCGCCAGCCGGCGACGGGCGGCAGUGGUGGUGUCCCAACGGCGGCCGAGGGGGAGCUUCUCAGGUGGCCGAGGUGGAGCUGCUCAGGUGGAGCUGCUCAGGCAGGUGGCGGGACACAAUUCGGCCGUGGUGGCGGCGGCAUGGUGGUGUGCAAUGGCGCUGGUCAUUGUCACAGCACGACAGCGGCGGCGGCAUAGGAGCAGGCGAGAUUACCGUAUUAGCUGCCUGGCUUGUCCGACUGUACGACUCAUGCAAUCCAUGCGAUGUGAGGGGGCAGUGGCCAUGCGGGGCAGCUAUGUUAUCAGUUGACGAGUGCGGACCGCAUUGCGUGGGGCCGUGGGGCUAGCAGGUGAUGGACCAGCAGGCAAAGUGGCUGGUGUGCAAUGUAUGGAGUCGUAUGGGCAGGCAGGGUAUUAUGGACUGCUGAGCCGUGGGCUGGAGCUGGGGUAUUGUGGACUGCUGAGCUGUGGGCUGGAGCUGGGGUAGUAUGGACUGGGCAGGGUGCUAAGCCCGUGGUGACGUCUGCGCCACCAAGUGUCGAAACGCAUUGGGCGAAUGAAGGCGGUCCCGUCACUGGAUGGUGGUCGCUCUUGCGGGUGGGGCGCGGCAGUUGGUCGAGUGUAGGUGACCUGGGCCCCCGGUGAACCUAUGAGCGGUUUAGUUAACAUCAGCCCUGACAGGGGGCCGCCCUUGUGGUUUUGUGCACCAGACGGGGGUUCGAACUUUGUGGUAUGUUGUUUGGUUUGGGCGGAGCGGUUGUAGAUUUCUCUAUCUGGGCUUUCCUGUGCCACAUCCCUUCCUGGCCCAACGGAAACGCCCAAGCAGAGCCUGGCUAGCUAUCGAGUCCUUGUACCAGAGCGUUCAUGCUGCAGAAGAGCGGCAUGAGGAGGGGGUGCAGGCCAGGGGAGGUCCUCCCCUUGAUGCAGAGUGUGCGGAGCGGUGCAAAGGUGAGAGGUCGUCACCCUAGCCACAACUCCCCGUCGCAGGCUGGUGUUGGGAGUGCAAGCAGCUAGUGUCCUUUUGAAGGGGUUUGGCCGCUGGGGUUUGAUAAGGUUGGUCCGUU